AUGAUAGUAUCCCAGACUGAGAAUGUGGGGCUCGAGACCACUCAUCAGCAACCGCACAUCGUGACUGCUGUAGGUGAAGAUGAAGACUAUCUCAAGUGGAAGCCCGCACGGGAGGAAUUGUUGAUCCUAGCUUGCCUCGCCAUCGUCUCGUUGGUUGUGGCCCUCGACGCCACCAUUCUUGUCCCAGUUCUCCCGACAAUCGCGUCAGACCUGCACGGUGAUACAAAUGAAUCAUUCUGGGUAGGCACAGCAUAUCUCCUUUCCUGUGCUGUGUUUCAACCGCUUUUUGUUGCCCUCUCGACUGUCUUCGGCCGACAGAGCAUACUAUUUCUAUCAUUAGUUCUAUUCACAGCAGGGACAUUGAUCUGCUGUCUCUCCCACGGGAUGACCCAGCUUCUGGUCGGCCGCACCGUCCAAGGAGUUGGGGGCGCGGGCAUCCUGUGCCUGACCUUUGUCAUCACGACCGAUAUCAUCCCCCUCCGUCAACGCCCGGCAUACUCGUCCAUUAUCCAGGUGGCAUUUGUGGUGGGAACAGUGACCGGCCCGGUUAUCGGUGGAUUGCUCAUCGACCACAGCACCUGGCGCUGGGUCUUCUAUUUGAACUUUCCCUUUAUGGGUGUUGGGCUCAUCAUGGUCCCGUGGGUGGUGAACCUACGGAGGCCAAGGCAGGACGGACUCACCCAGCAGCUCCGAUCAAUCGACUGGGUAGGAGCCCUACUGUUUAUUGCUAGUGUCUCAAGCUUCUUGAUAGGCAUCACAUGGGGUGGUGGCCAGUUUCCCUGGUCCAGUUGGCGCACUUUGCUUCCCAUCUUCCUCGGCGUGGCGGGAGUGAUCGUUACCGUUUUCUGGUUGUGGAAGGGGGCACGAAAGCCAUUUCUCCGUCUGAGCUUAUUCCAAGAUGUCUCCUCGGGGAUGAUCUACCUUUGCGCCGUUCUUCAGGGACUGCUGUUCUCUGAUUAUGGCAAGGGCGACUUUGUGCACAAACUGCUAGGAAACCUGGGGGAAGGCUUGCUGGUGACUGUGGACGGAGCGGAUUGGAGGGCGAAAAGAAAAGAACUGCGACCUCAUCUCUCGACUCUAUCCGAAAAGGACCGCGAAAUCACGGAGCUUCACCUGCAUCCACUCCUGGAACGGCUCUCUCAGAGCCAGGCCCCGAUUGACGUCUUUGAUGUGAUUGAUAAACUACAGCUGGAUAUCGCGAUUCACCGAUUCGUCGGCCAGUUGACCGAUGCCGAUGAGGCAGGCUACCAGCGCUUUCGAAAGGCGAAACGAACCUUGGCCGCUGCUGGGACUAUGCGACCAUUCCUCGGACCGUUGGGGUUUCUUGUCAAGCCCAUAGAGCGAACGGCGAGGGGCGAUCUCGAUAUAUACGUUCAAAAGCUACUCCAGGCAGCGGACCACUCUAUCUUCGCCAAGAGUGAGGCCGAAAUCGAGCACCGCAGGGAGCUGUUGCUAAACCUGAUUCUCGCCGGAAAGGAUCCCACAGUCGUCACCAUUACUUGGGCUAUCUACGAACUUUCUCGCAACCCGGACGUAUUGAAAAAAUUAAGAUUGGAGAUUGCAGACAUAAUUGGGUACGAGCAACUUCCGAGUCUUUCCUCAUUGGACCGGAUGCCAUAUUUGAAUAAUGUCAUUCGAGAAACCCUCCGUCUGUACCCUCCAACGGGAUUCAAUUUCAGAGAAGCACUGCGCAACACAACGUUGCCCCGCGGUGGGGGAGCAGACGGCAGAGAGCCGGUAGCUGUUAAGAAAGGCCAAGUUGUCGUUUUCUCAAGCUUUGGUCUGCAACGCCGGCCUGAAUAUGUGGGGCCAGAUGCCAACUACUGGAGACCAGAACGAUGGGAACAUUGGACACCGCCAGAGGGCUCUUAUAUCCCCUGGGGAACGGGCCCACGUACCUGCUUGGGCAAGGCUUUUGGGCAGUUUCAGGUGGCCUAUACACUCGUCCGGCUCUUUCAGGAAUUUGAUUCCGUUGCUGAAGUCAACCACGGCAAAAACACGGAGCAAAGGAUUAGGUUGGAGGUCCUAGCUAAGCCUGCAAUGACUAUUUCCUGCCGGUUCAAUCACGGUGACCAACUUCGUUGA